AUGGCAACCCCAACCCGCCUGUUCAGGCGCCUACUUCGCCAAGUGCGGCGACAUGACUGGAGAUGUCUGAUAGCAUACUCGGCGCUGAUCCUGCUGUCGGCCUCCAUCUUCCUGUAUCUUCUUCUCGCAUACUACCUCGCGGGAGAUCCGCGUCUUGUUCCACACACCAUCCAGCAAGCGCGGAACGUCCUUCUCGUCACGGCACAUCCGGAUGACGAGACUUUGUUCUUUAGCCCAACUAUCCUUCACGGUCGCGACAACCCGGAUGUCACUCGUUCCUUGUUGGUACUAUCGACGGGCGACUAUCAUGGCCAAGGAGAUAUCCGCAAGGCAGAAAUUGAACGUAGUUGUACCGCUCUCGGCAUCUCAUCUGCUCGCUGCGUUGUUCUGGAGCACGGUGCCCUGCAGGAUAAUCCAAAGAAAUGGUGGCGCCAGGAUGUCAUUCAGGACAUAGUCGCCCAUUACGUUCUCAUGUGGAAAGUGGAUCUGAUCUUCACCUUCGAUAACGGUGGAGUCUCCGGCCAUAUCAACCAUAGGGCUGUAAGUGCCGGUGUUCGAAAAUACGCAGAGGACUUUCCGCAUGCCCCGCCAGUCUAUGCCCUACAGAGUACAUUCCUCCUGCGCAAGUACUCGUCGCUCGUUGAUCUGAUCUUGACCUCUGUGCCAUUCGCCUGGCGCAUCGGGGCAGCGGUCCUGACAGCCGCACCGCCACCCACAGGACACGACAUAUACGGAAACAGAGCGCUACUGGUGAGUCCGUGGCAGACCUACCUAACUGCGCGAACAGCAUUCAGUCAACAUGAUAGUCAGUACUCAUGGGACCGGGUGUUUUACUUGAUAGUGAGCCGUUAUAUGUGGUUUAAUAAUUCGUAUCGGAUAGCCUAA